UGGAGCCAGCUGGACUCUUGCUCCACAACCACAGGUGGCACAAACGCAACGCGUCCGGCCGGUACAGCCGCAAUGUCUCCGAUAAAGGACCUCAACCUGAUUUAUGAAGCUGUCAACCCACAGGACACAUUUUCUGUAGGAGAUACUGUUAUAGGAACGGUCACUUUCACCCUGACAAAAGAAACCAAAGUGAAGAGCCUCGCAGUGAAACUCAAAGGAGACGCGCACGUACACUGGACGGAGGGGACUGGAGAUAACAGGAGAUCUCACACGGCGCACAGGAGAUACUUGAAAGUCAAAGACUGCUUAGUGGCAGAAAAUUCUAAAGGCACUGAACUCCCUCAAGGAGUUCAUCGUUUUAAGUUCAGGCUUCAAAUCCCACAGGGGGACUUUCCGUCAUCCUUCAGGGGGAUUCAUGGAAGAAUCCAGUACAUCCUUGAAGCAAAGAUGUCGAGGAGCUGGCGAAUGCCUGCUGAUGUAAAGAAAGAGCUCAAAUUUGUGUCCAAGUCCUUUUCAGUCCCUGGCCAAGGAAUGGUGACACUUUAUCUGUUGUUGCCAAAAUGAGCAACUCCUCUUCCAAAACAACGAGGCCCAAAUUCAGUAUAGUCCAGAGAAUACUGUACCGCGCCCAUGCCUCCCAUAAAGCCAGCUACCAAAGUCUGUACAAAAUGGUUGGAGAGAUUCUCCCACAGAACUCAGAGCAAACUGUC